AUGAAGUUCUCAACUAUCCUAUCUACCGCUGCUUUCGUUUCCUCCUCGGUCAUGGCUGCUCCAGUUAAUGUAACUGAAACUGAACAAGAAAAUUUAGCUAUUCCUUCUGAAGCCCUUAUUGGUUACUUAGACUUAAAAGGCGAUGACGACAUUUCCAUUUUACCCGUUUCAAACAGUACCAAUAGUGGUUUAUUAUUUUUAAACUCUACCAUUCUAACCCAAGCUAUGAAUGAAAACACGGAAGCCGCUUUAAGCAAGAGAGAAGCUGACGCUAAUGCUUGGCACUGGUUAAGCAUUUCUCCAGGUCAACCAAUGUACAUCAAGAGAGAUGCUAAUGCUGAUGCUGACGCCGAUGCUGAUGCUUGGCACUGGUUGAGCAUUUCUCCAGGUCAACCAAUGUACAUCAAGAGAGAUGCUAAUGCUGAUGCUGACGCCGAUGCUGAUGCAUGGCACUGGUUGAGCAUUUCUCCAGGUCAACCAAUGUACAUUUAA